UUCCUGACUCAUCACACCCGGAAGUGACUCCUUCUCCGUUUGUUGUUGUCCGUGUUGUUGGAUUAGUGGCAGUGCAGCAGCAGUAUGGCGGUUCCCCCGCAGUUAAAGGCCGUUCAGCAUCACUACAGAACAGCGCUGGAGCACGACAGCAGAGACCCGGCCAUAGCCUACUACUGUCGUCUUUAUGCCAUGCAGACAGGGAUGAAGCUGGACAGUAAAACUCCAGAAUGCCGUAAGUUCCUCGUGAAGCUCAUGGAUCAGCUGGAGAAGAUGAAGCAAGAGCUCAGCAACAAUGAAUCCAUCUCCCAGGAGAUUGUAGGCAACGCCCAUAUCGAGAACUACGCCUUAAAAAUGUUCCUCUACGCCGACAACGAAGAUCGAUCAGGUCGCUUCCACAAGAAUAUGAUCAAGUCUUUCUACACCUCGAGUCUGCUGUUCGACGUGCUGUGUGUGUUUGGCGAGCUGUCAGAGGAGAACAUUCAGCACAGGAAGUACGCUAGAUGGAAGGCGACCUACAUUCACAACUGCCUAAAGAGCGGCGAGACUCCUCAGGCAGGGCCUAUUGGCAUGGAAGGGGAAGCGUAUGAUGAUGAGUUCGGCACUGAAGCUGGAGGUCCAUCCCACGCUUCUCUUGGUCCACCUGAGCCACAGCCCUCCUCCAGUGCGGAUUUGGCAGCGCAAGGACCAGGAUCUAUGCCUCCACCCAACUAUAACACCAUCCAGGUUCCUCCUGGCUCUCACGCUCCAGCCAACACACCUGCAGAUCUUCCCCAUCCAGCAGAGUCUGUGAAACCAGUUCCUGUUCCCCGGAGCGUGCCAGUGGGUGACCCACUGCCCCUCAACAUUAAACAGCAAGGUGAUGUGCGUCUCACUCCGGAGGACUUCACUCGGGCUCAGAAGUACUGCAAGUAUGCGGGCAGCGCGCUACAGUAUGAAGACGUCCCCACUGCCAUCCAGAAUCUACAGAAAGCCCUCAAGCUUCUAACCACUGGCAAUGAAUGAGAGCUUUGUGUGCUUACUCUAUCACUGAUCUGGCCCAUACGAACUGCGCAGCUCUACUCGAGAUCACUCAAUAAAACAUCUGUUCCACAUCUACACUCCCAGUGGCUGCUCAUAAAAAAAAAAAAAAAAGAUAGAGAUUAGGAUUAUAAUCUUUCAGGUGCAUGUGAAUUUGCCCGGUAAUGAAAUGCUGAAUUAAGUUAAUGGAAUGCAAUUAUUAAUGACCCCUGGAUUUAAAAGACUAGAACAGUUCCAGAUUUUUCUCUUUUCUUUUGAAUAGUUUAAAGCACUACUCUGUCUCUUUUCUGGUGCAAGGGUAUUGCGAUGAUUGCGUUUCUGCCUCCAGGCUGUUAGGUUUAACAGAACCAGACAAUGACUCCUUUAGAAAUGUUUACUUUUGAAUGGCAGGUCUGUCUGUUGAAGUGUCCUCAUGAGCAGCGGCAUGAAUGCGGGUUCACUUACUGGAACACCGGACUGUGUGUUUGUGUGUUUGUGUUUGUGUGUGUGUGUGUGUGUGUGUGUGUGUGUGUGUGUGUGUGUGUGUGUGUGUGUACAUACAUGGUGUCCUGUGAUGGACUGGCGUUCCCGUCCAGGGUGUAUUCCCGCCGUGUGCCCUGUGCUCCGGAUCCCCUACAGCCCUGACCAGGAUAAAGCGCUUACCGAAGAUGAAUGAAAAAUAAAUGACAUAAUAUUCAGUUGA